CUGUCUGGAGGAGGAGAAUGAAAUGCUGGAAGCAGAGAUCCUGGAGCUAGAGGGGAGGCUGGAGAGUCACACCUCCCCCUCCUCAACCGGCCAGCGAGAGAACAUCUUCGACUUGAGCGCCGUGGUGGAGAGGCUCAGGAAGGAGAAGGAAGAGAUCCUGUCUGAUAUCGAUGCCCGACAGAAGCAGCUCCUGAUCCUGCAAGAGAAAUUUGGACACACCUCCGAGCAGCGUGCUCUCCUGGAGCUGCAGAGAGGGGAAAUCGCUCCAGAGGUGGAUGCUGUGACAGCAGAGUGCCUAGCCCUGCAGGAGCAGGUAGGCAUUUAUGAGGAGCAGCUGGAGCUGAUGCAGGAGGAGCACGAGCAGCGUGUGGAGAUCCUGGUUGCCCCUAGUGACAGUGCCCCAUUGGUUAGCCUGGUGUUCUCGACCCCUGAUGUGACCCCCACUGUCCUGGAUAUCAAGGAGUAUUACAGGGAGUUGGCUGAGAAGCUGCAGUUUCAGUCAGAGCCAGCUGCUAUCACAUGGGACGAAGAAACAAAGAAGCCGAAGGCUGCCACAGAAUUAGGGGUCAAAGGGAGACACGUGAGCGAUGUCGGAGACCUGAAGAAACUGAUUGCUGAGCUGGAGAAGGAGCUGGAGGCUCUCUGGCAGUGUGGAGAGGCCCUAGAGAGGGAGAUCGAGGACAAGGAGGUUCUCCACGAAGAGGAGAUUGCUUAUCUGGAGGACUGCACCGCAGAGCUGCAGGAGAGCCACAAGGUCCUUCAGCAGGAGAUUAAAAAGCAGGCCGAUGAUUACGAGGAGCUCCUGAACGAGAAGAUGGCCCUGGAUAUCGAGAUUGCAGCCUACAGGGGACUGGUUGAAGAAGAAGUGGAGAGACUCUGCUACUAUUAAUUGUCUGGAACUGCAGAAUUCCAAGUGUAAGACAGUUCUAGAGCAGUGUACAGAGUGUUCUUUUCCCAGCAGCACACAGAGCCAGGCUAGGGUGGUUCAUCUGAAGCAGAAGCAACAGUGAACCAUUGAAACAGUAACCAGGACCUUAGGAAGGUCACCAUCAUGUCUUAUAACACAGCAGAGUGGAUGUUACUGUAUACACAGAUAUAAAUUCAUUAAACUGCUUGA